AUGUUAAAGGAUCUGAGAAUCCUGCUGAUCUUGUGUCGCGAGGAGUUAUGCCGAAGGACCUCGCAGACUUACCGCACUGGUUUCAUGGAUAAUUAUUCCUGUUACUGGAAACUGUUGCGGAUUACGGCGUACUGCGUGAAAUUCAUCCGGAAAUGUAAACGACGCAGCUCGCCCCCCACUAUUCCGAUUCUCAGCGUUAAGGAUCUUCAAGAAGCUAAGUACGCACUGGUGCGGUGUGUUCAGCGAGAGUCAUUCGCUGUAGAGAUCAAAGCACUCGCAAAUCAUCGUAUCAUUCCUGCUCAUUCGUCACUGAAAUUGCUUAACCCUUUCCUGGAUCAGCUAGGCAUACUUCGCGUUGGUGGCCGGCUCAAUCUCGCUGGAGAAUCCACGAAAGCUGUGCAUCUCGAGUUGGUAGGAGAUCUCACAACUGCCGCUUUCCUGGCUGCCUUGCGACGUUUCAUAUCUCGUAGAGGUCUUCCCGCCGAAAUCCACUCGGAUAACGGCCUUAAUUUCCAGGGAGCCAGCAAUCACCUUCGAGAGCUAUACGACUUGUUACGUGAUCCAACAACGACAAUUGAAAUCACUCAUGAAACAUCCCAGCGUGGCAUAAUCUGGAAAUUCAUCCCGCCACGAUCACCAAACUUCGGCGGCCUUUGGGAGGCAGCAGUGAAAUCUGCGAAGCGGUCACUCAUCCGCGUUCUGGGCCAGCGACAACUCUCCUUCGAGGAUAUGACGACAAUUCUUACGCAGAUCGAAGCUGUUAUGAACUCUCGACCACUUACUCCACUGUCGGAAGAUCCAAGCGAGCUGGACGUGCUCACUCCCGGGCAUUUUCUGACAGGCACUUCUCUAUUGGCAAUACCCGAUCCAGAUUAUACGGAUGUCCCCACGAAUCGACUACAGCACUACCAGCAACUGCAAUUGUUGGUUCAGCAGCAUUGGAAGCGGUGGAGGCGGGAAUAUAUCUCGCAACUUCAUAACCAAAAGCAGCGAUUUCCUCAAGCAACACAAUUGAAGGUUGGGCAAAUGGUGGUGGUCAAAGAGGAUGGCAAUGCGGCUAUUGAAUGGCCUUUAGCUCGCAUCACUGAAAUUUUCCCAGGCCCUGACGGUGUGGUCAGGGUAGUGAAGGUUCGAACGCCGAAUGGAGCUGUUUAUAAGCGCCAAGCAUCACGUGUCUGCCUGCUGCCGUUCGAGAAGAUCAAUGCUUUGCAGUCAACACACGACGAUAAUCCGCAACGAAUGGCGAAUAAGUGUAUAAAUUGA